CUACAAUUCCUAGAGUGCUCCGCGCCCGGCUGUCGCCGCUACCAGGACCAAGAUGGCUGGGAGAGUCGCCGCCUUCCUCAAGACCGCCUGGGCCCAAGAGCCGGUGCUCGUCGCCUCCUUCGCCAUCGGCGGCCUCGCCAUCAUCAUGCCCGCCCUCAGCCCCUACACCAAAUAUGCUGCCAUGGUCAACGAGGUCACGCCCUACAACUACCCAGUGCCCCUGCGAGAUGAUGGAAACAUGCCCGAUGUGCCCAGUCACCCCCAGGACCCCCAAGGCCGAAGCCUGGAGUGGCUGAAGAAUCUGUGAGGCCUCACGUCGAGGUCGUGCCGGGACCCCAAUAAAAAUGUGCAACAGGC